UCACUUUUAAAAUGGAUUGGCAUGGGUGAUUCGAAAAAAACUACUGCCAACGAGCCCUGGAGUAGUGGGUCUGAAAAAUAUUUCGGCUUGGAAAAUUUCGGAAAUACCUGCUAUUGCAAUUCUAUUUUACAAGCUCUUUAUUUUUGUAAACCGUUUCGAGAAUGCGUUAUCAACUUCCCGAAUGGACAAAAUGAUGUAAAUGCCACAUCUGAAAAUAAAGCGAAUAGUGAUAUAUCAUCAUCCAAUGGACUUAAUGAAGAUACUUUAUUUAGUGCAUUGAAAGAAUUAUUUUGGAAGAUAAGUAGUCAGAAAAAAAGAACUGGUGUUAUGGCGCCGAAUGGAUUCAUAGCAAAAUUAAAAAAAGAAAAUGAACUUUUUCGUACAACGAUGCACCAAGAUGCACAUGAAUUUUUAAAUUACACUCUUAAUGCUAUAGCCGAGAAUGUAAUAGAACAACAAAAGAAAAUGGAAGAAUUAGAAAGACAAAGAGAACAAGAGCAACGCUGUGACAUCAGUGAAAAGUCAAAAUCGUCAGUAAACGGUACAAGCAUAAACGAAAGUGAGGAAAGUGGCGUUUCAGCCGAUGAAAGUUCUUUCAAAGGAUCAGAAAUUAAUUCAAACACAUCCUCUUUAAAGACAACUUGGGUACAUAAACUAUUUGAGGGCACUUUAACAAAUGAAACGAAAUGUCUGACUUGUGAAACGAUCACAAGCAGAGAUGACCCUUUCCUUGAUCUUUCCAUUGAUAUUGAACAAAAUUCUUCUGUUACGUCUUGUUUGAGACAAUUUUCUGCAAGCGAAAUGUUAGUUCACCAGGAUAAAUUUUUUUGUGACGUGUGUUGUGGAUUACAAGAGGCCGAAAAGAGGAUGAAAAUUAAAAAAUUGCCCAAUGUAUUAGCGUUACAUUUAAAACGCUUUAAAUAUCAAGAAAGGUUACAGAAAUAUAUUAAAUUAUCAUAUAGAGUAGUGUUUCCUUUUGAAUUACGACUAUUCAACACGUGUGAUAAUAUUAAAGAUCCUGAUCGCCUUUAUGAACUUUAUGCAAUUUGUGUCCACAUUGGAAGUGGCCCAUAUCAUGGCCAUUAUGUUACAUUGGUAAAGAGCAUGGGACAAUGGCUUUUAUUUGAUGACGAUACUGUAGAGCCUGUAGAUGAAAGUGAAAUUCACAAAUAUUUUGGAGAUAUACCGGCAACUGGAUCAGGUUAUGUGUUAUUUUAUCAAGCCUGUGAUUUAGAUUUAAGUUCUCUUGGUCUACCGUAUUCUGUUUGGGCAAACAAUGUAGCCUCUAGUGCAUCAUCAGAAGUAUCAGCAGAGGGUGCUGCUGAAUCACAUUCUAUUGAUGCACAAUCCACGUCAACUACAAUUAAUGGUGCUGAUAAUAAUAAUAAUGUUGCAUCUUCAAUAAACAAUGAAGAGCCUAAAAAAGAGCGUCAAACUCCUGUAAGGGAACCAUCAUUUUCUGAACGUCUGACGACUAUACUACCGAGAAAAAAAGAUAAUAAUCCAGAUAGACGUAAAUCACAUGGUGAUCAAGAUUCAAAGGACAAUGAUGACAAUAAUACACAUGAAAAAUCGUCGUCACAAGAAAAAGAAAAAACAUCAUGGUUUACAAAAUCUAAUAAUAAAUCAAACAAAGAAAAAGACAAAGAUAAGGAUAAGAAAGAUGAUAAAGACGAAAAAAAGACUUCGUCAAACCUGGAAUCGUUAUUCGAAGAGGGUACUAAUAACACACAAACGAGUAAAAAAGAUAAGAAAGCAGAGAAAGAAGAGAAGAAAAGAGAAAAGAAGGCUAAGUCAGAGAGUAAAAAAAUGGAAAAAUUAGCAGCGUCUAAUGGAAUUAAAACAAUUUAAUACUAUUUAAUAGAACACUACACUAAGGAACAAGAGAAAUGGUUGGUUUGAGGAUUAAAUAAAAAACUUUCUUCCUUUUUUUUUAUGAAAAUCGUUUUUAUUAUAAAUAAUGUUCUUCCUCUUUCAGCUAUAUUCUGAUAUUAUUUCUUUAUCUUAAUUUAAAAAAAUAUAUAUAUAUAUAUAU